AUGGCCGACGCGACCAGUACGAGCGAUGAGCUCUAUCCCAUCGCUGUGCUUAUCGACGAGCUAAAGCAUGACGAUGUUCUUCUCCGACUGAAUGCUAUUCACCGGCUCUCAACAAUCGCCCUGGCCCUAGGUGCUGAGCGCACGAGGGAAGAGCUUAUCCCUUUCCUCGACGAGUCGGUCGAGGAUGAAGAUGAAGUUCUGGUAGCUCUGAGCGAGGAGCUCGGAGGCUUCAUGGAAUAUGUCGGUGGUCCUCAGUGGGGUCAUGUUCUGCUAUCACCUCUGGAGAACCUUGCAGCUAUCGAAGAACCCGUAGUUCGAGACAAGGCUGUCGAAUCCCUCAACAAAAUCUGCAACGAUCUGUCUCCUCAGCAAGUUGAGGAGUACUUCAUUCCCCUAGCAAUCCGACUCUCCAAAGCCGACUGGUUCACAUCCAAGGUUUCAGGCUGCGGCCUCUUCACAGCCCCUUACUCAAAGGUCUCGCCACCGAUUCAAGAACAGCUCCGUCAACAAUUUAACCUACUCGUCCAUGACGAGACCCCAAUGGUUCGUCGCCAGGCUGCUACAAACCUUGCCAAAUUCGUCAAGGAGAUGCCCGCCCCCAUCGUUGUGGACGAAAUGAUUCCUCUCUUCCAACAUCUUGUUUCCGAUGACCAGGACAGCGUCCGUCUUCUCACAGUCGAAAUCCUCAUUUCGAUCGCCGAGGCUGUGCCAAAAGAGCAGCAAGCUAGUCACGGCGUCUUGCUCACAUCCCUACGCAACUUGAUUGAGGACAAGAGCUGGAGAGUCAGAUACAUGAUUGCUGACAGAUUUGAAAAGAUUGCCAAGGCUGUUGACGAAGAGGUUGUGUCAAGGGACCUUGUUCCUGCUUUUGUGAAGCUCCUGAAGGACAAUGAGGCUGAGGUCCGAACAGCUAUCGCUGGCCAGAUCCCAGGCUUCUGUGCGCUCGUUGAUCGAACCGUUCUACUUGCCGACAUAAUGAGCAGCAUUGAAGACCUUGUUUCUGACACAUCGCAACACGUACGGGCCGCUCUUGGAACCCAAAUCAGUGGCCUGGCACCCAUCUUGGGAAAACAAGAGACUAUUAACCACUUGCUUCCCAUGUUCCUGCAGAUGCUCAAGGAUGAGUUCCCUGAGGUCAGACUUCACAUUAUCUCCAAGCUCGAGCUGGUCAACCAAGUUAUCGGCAUCGAACUCCUCUCACAAUCCUUGCUACCAGCCAUUGUGCAACUAGCUGAGGAUAAGCAAUGGAGAGUUCGCCUGGCAAUCAUUGAAUACAUUCCUCUGCUGGCAAGCCAGUUGGGUGUUACGUUCUUCGAUGAGAAACUUAGCAACCUGUGCAUGAGUUGGUUGGGUGAUACGGUCUUCUCAAUUCGAGAGGCUGCCACACAUAACCUGAAGAAGCUGACAGAGGUGUUUGGCGUGGAAUGGGCCAGUGAAGCCAUUAUUCCCAAGGUGAUGGCCAUGGGCAACCACCCCAACUAUCUGUAUAGGAUGACAACUUGCUUCGCUAUUUCGACACUUGCAAGCGUAGUGAGCUUGGACGUCAUUGCCAAGUCGGUAUUGCCUAUGCUGGAUAAGAUGGUGGAGGAUGAGAUCCCUAAUAUCCGUUUCAAUGUCGCCAAGACCUACGCUGUCCUCAUCAACUCAUUGCGCCGUCUGCCUGAGGAGGGCACCCUAUACUCGCUCGAGAAGGAAGGUGCCGAGAUUGUUCCUUCGCCGCGUGGCCAGGAGCUCAUCCAGCAAAAGAUUAUUCCUAACCUCGAGAAGUUGCAGAAGGAUGACGAUGUGGAUGUUCGAUACUUUGCCACGACAGCUGGGGCUGACCCCACAGGAACUGCGGCUGGCGGAGAGCCAAUGAAUACAUCGCCAUAG